AUGAUUGUGUUGUGGAUUACACUGCUUGUUCUUCAUCAAGGACAUACACUCAUUCCAGUGAUCCCAGUUCAAAUUGGUGAAUCUACAAUGUUCACAUGUGCACUGUUUAAUGUUGAACUCAGCGAUGUAGAAGUCCACUGGUACAAGCAGAGUGUUGGAGAUACUCUGAAACUAAUUGUGUCACUGUGGAAUUCUGUAGCACCUAAAUAUGGGCCAGAGUUUCCUAACUCAAGAUGGAAAGUUAAUUAUGAUGACAAUUUUAGCAACCUGACUAUUUUAAGGACAAUCCAAGAAGACGAGGGAAUCUAUCACUGUGCAAUCAUUGUAUUGUAUGGCAUGAGAUCUCAAUGGAGUGGGACAUAUCUGGUAAUAAAAGGAGACAGUCAGAAGACAUCAGAUUACACUGUUGUUCAGUCCACAGCAUCACAUUCAGUCCAUCCAGGAGAAUCACAGACUCUCCAGUGUUCAGUCUUCUCUGACUCUGAGAACAAAACAUGUUCAGGAGAUCUGAGUGUGUUCUGGUUCAGACCUGGAUCAGAUAAAUCUCAUCCAGACAUCAUCUACACUGAUGGAAACAGACCUGAUGAAUGUGAGAAGAGAUCUGACACUCAGAAGAGCUGUGUUUAUCGCUCCUCUAAGACCUUCAGCUCCUCUGAUGCUGGGACUUACUACUGUGCUGUAGCCACAUGUGGACAGAUACUGUUUGGAAAUGGAACUACUCUGACUAAUGAAACAACACGACCUGAGAUGAUUGCUCUGGUGGUAGCAAUAAUCUGCUUGGCCAUUUCUGUGAUUAUAAAUAUUGCUUUCAUCUGUUACCGAACACAAAGAGGAGCACAGGAACAAUUAAAUGGAAUAGAAUUCACCUCAUCACAAGCAAGACUUGACAAUUUGAGCCAACCUGUGGUUGAUACUGUUGAAGGUGAACAUGAUAUCAAUUAUACUUCACUGCAUUUCUCUGGAAGGAAAGCUACACAAGGAAAGAAGAAGACGGAGUUGAAGUGUGAAGAAAGCGUGUAUUCUCAAGUCCAUUGCUAAAUGUGAAUAUGUCUACAGAAAGCUUGAGAUUUGCUUAAAAUACUGAUCUCUUCCAAUAAGAAUAAAUUCAUGCAAAUUCUCAGUUUUACUUCAACAAAUCUUUGAGUGUUUUUUAAAUAAA